AUGGCCAGUGUUAUUAAUAUAGUAGCGAUUAGUGUUAACCGUUAUUGGUCUAUAGCAUAUCCUAUAUCGUAUCGAAAAUAUGUGAAACAACAUUUUGUUUAUAUAGUAAUGGGAGCUGUAUGGUGUUUUUCUUUUAUUAAUUUUGCUCCGGGUAUUUGGUUAUUAAGUCUAUUCAAUAAUAAUAAUAAUAAUAAUAAUAUGACACGUAGUGAUUGUUCAGGUGAUUAUAAUCAUUCAUUUGUAUAUAUGUUAAUAGCACAGUUCAAUUAUUUUAUUUGGCCAUUUAUUGUUUUAUGUGUUCUUAAUAUGUUAAUAAUGUUAAAUAUAUGGAAACGAAGUCAAAAAAUGAAUCGUCUUAUGUCGUUUAGUCAAUGUGCAAAAAGUCGAGAACGAAAUAUUGGUUCAUCACCAUUAGUAACAAGUAAAGAUACGGAAGAUGAUCAACAUUUGUCAAUAUUAUCUAAAAAUAAAAUAAAUUCAAUUGAACGUUGUCCAUCAAAAAUAGCUGAAGAAGAAAAUAAAAAUAUUAAUCAAUUUAUUCUUGUUCAAUUAUCUUCGUCAAAUAAAAAUCUUCCGGAUUUAUUCAAUCAAAAUAAUAAAUCAUCAAACAAUUGUCAACAUACAAUUACAUAUUUAUCAUCACUUAUUCCUCAAUAUUCACCAUAUAUUCAAAAACAAUCUUCUACAAUUAAAAAUUCAUCCGUAAAUCGUUGUCAUUAUAGAAAUAAAACAGAUUUAAAAGAAUCUCGUGAAUCAUCACCAAUGGUAUAUUUAUCAAGAAAAUGUGCAAGUGUUAAUUUUUCUCAUUCACAUAAUUAUCGUAAUGAUUCAUUUGUUGAAUAUCGAAUUGAAAGUGAAGGUGAAGUAUCAAGACCGAUAAUAAAUGAAUUAAGUUCAUCAAAUAAUUUAAAUACUAAUAAAUAUAAAGUAUAUCGUCCGCGUGAUUCAAGAAUUGUUCGAGAUCGUAAAGCAGCACGUUCUUUAUUUAUUCUGGUUAUUGUUUUUCUUAUAUUUUUAUUUCCAUAUGUUAUUUGUGCAAUAGCUUCAACAGCUGGUGCAAAUAUAUCUGGAAUUAUAUUUGAAAUAUCAUUUUGGCUUUUAUGGUUAAAUUCAACAUGUAAUCCAUUUCUUUAUCCAUUUAUACAAAUAAAAUAUCGGCAUGCUUAUUUGAAAUUAUUUCAAUCUUGCUCAAAACAUUUUACAUUUUCACGAUCGAAUCAUUCUUUUUAA